AGAGUUUUUUGUAUUGGUAGUUUUUUUAAACCACUUGUUUACUUGUAUUUUUUACAUUUGUUCAUUUCAUUGUUUUAUCAUAAAUUUCUUAUUUUUGUUUGAUUUAUCUCCAUCAUAUUCUUCUAGCUCUAAUAGUCAUGGCUUUGUGGUGUGAUAGAUAUCGACCAACCAGUUUAAACAAGUUGGACUACAACAAAGAACAAGCUGAUUAUUUGAAACGUAUGAUUAAAAGUAAUGACUUUCCUCAUCUUCUUGUCUAUGGUGCACCAGGAUCCGGCAAAAGAACUCGAGUCCAAUGUAUUCUUAGAGAAAUUUAUGGCCCUGGGGUGGAUAAAACACGCAUCGAGCAUUUAACAAUUGAAACACCUUCUAAUAAAAAACUUGAACUCAAUUCAAUUGCCAGUAAUUAUCAUAUUGAAGUUAAUCCAAGUGAUAUUGGUAUCCAAGAUCGUCUAGUUGUGCAAGAUGUUAUGAAAAAUAUUGCUCAAAGUGGAGGUCUCGUGGAUAAAGUACCUUUCAAAGUAAUUGUUAUUUCGGAGGCGCAUAAAUUGUCUAAGGAUGCUCAACACUCUCUCCGAAGGACCAUGGAAAAGUAUAUUUCUACCUUGAGGCUAAUAAUGGUCGCUGAUACGAGUUCAACUAUUCUACCUCCUAUAAAAAGUCGGUGUUUGUUACUACGUGUAGCUGCUCCUUCAACCGACAAAAUAAGUCAAAUACUCGAAUUCGUCGCAAAGAAAGAAAAUUUUGACAUAUCUCCUAGCCUCAUCCAGAAAAUUGCCAAAGAAUCUGAAAGAAAUUUGCGACGUGCAUUGUUAAUGAUGGAAACAAUGUACAUCAAUCAAAGUAAAGACAUCAUUAAACCAUCAUAUGUCCUUUAUAUUCAGCGAAUGGCUAAAAAAAUGGUUGAAAAUCCCUCCCUGGAAAAAGUUAAAGAUAUUAGAGAAGAUUUUUAUGAACUUGAACAACAUCUAAUUCCAGUGGACUUAAUUUUCAAGGUGCUCAUUCAUUCAUUGCUACAGAUUUGUGAUAAACAUUUGAGGGGUAAACUUAUCCAACUGGCAUCACAUUAUGAACAUCAAAUGAGAGUGGGAAGUAAACGAGUUUUACAUUUUGAAGCCUUUGUCGCUCAUUUCAUGGCUGCCUACCAAAAGUUCACGGAAGAUAAUAUGAUUGAUGAUGAUGAUGAUCUGCUAGCAAUGUAAAAAACUAAGUCAAAAGGGCAAAUUAUGAUUGUCUGGGAAAGGUGGCCGUUGAUGAAAUCUUCAAUUCAAAACUUCAGUUUCACCAGAAUCAACCAUUCUCAAGGAUUUGGUAACUUCAACAUUAGAAACAAUCAUUAAUGAUUCGUUUUUAAUCAUAUCAUUUACUGUUAAAUUUUUGAAGAAAAACAUCUUUGUUUCCAUUUAAUUCAAAUUGAUCACAAUAAAAGAUACUUCAAUAAAUAUAA